AUGUCUUCGCUGUAUUCGUCGUCCACAACUGCCGUCACGGACAAGUCGCGAGACGGCACUUUUCUGGAGAGCGACUUGAAACUACUAAUGGCCGCACUGCGGGACAACAACAGCGAUAACUGGGAGGGCAAGCCGCAGCAGGAGACGUUCUGUGUGUACCAGAUGGCUCCGCCUGUCGCUACGACUCUGCCCUCUUCCUCCGGUGCGGAGGUGGCCGACGCGGCACGAGGGUCAUCGCUGCAUAGUGCUGAUAAAAGCGAUGACAGCAGCGACUCUCUCAACGCUCUUAUGCGCGACUAUGUGCAUGCAGUCCGCGGCCUCCGGGCCUUUGACUCACGAAUGGCAGCCAACAGCAUCAGCGAGAACGUCACUGCAGAGCCAGGCGACGCGGCGGAUGGAAUGGUGGACGCGAAGAAGGUUGCAACGACGCCCUGCAAGGCAACAGUUGGUGACGGCAACUCUUCUGCAGCUGACGCCAAACUCUCUGAGGCGGCGGCACCGGUCGACAUGGUGGAACUGCUGGCAGCGCUGGAUUGCCUGCCACCGAUUACAAUGGAUAGAAAAGGACAGCAGAGCUGA